AUGGAGGAGGCCAUUAUAUGGGAUUACCCUGGGUUUCCUGUCCAUAAGGGGUUUGGCUUUAGGGCGUAUCUUCAGACCACAAACUUGUUGGCCUAUUACCUAUUCAAAAUAUGGAGGGGGAUAUGCCUCGCUAGGAAGGUAAACGAUAGGAUAGCUACAAUGACAUUAGUGCUUGCUGUGCCCGAAAUUAUUACUAUAGUCAAACUUUUCUGGAGCAUGUCUUUUCUCCUCCAUGGCAAAUUAAGCGAAUGGCCGCCGCUGCCAUCUUUGGUAUCGGGUAUCGUCUGCUCUAUAAUGGAAAGCACCGCAUUAAUAUUUUUUCUUAUGAUAGUCGGUCCCAAACUUCAUCCGAUUAUCCUUAUCCCGUUACUAAGCAGUGUGCUCUGCUUGCAGAUAGUUUCACUAUCUUUUAAACAGGGAAUGCGCAUAUUGGGCCAUGAUAACAUCGAUUCAAGCACUAAAACUCUGAACAAUCUGCUCUGUGUUGCGUUCGGACUAAUUUCUGUAAUAUUAGUUGUGGCCACGUCAUUUGUGACUGGUUUUAGUCAAAUCUUGACUAUUUCAGAAUCUCUAAUUUUGUCCGCAUCCUUAUUGGCUUUAUCUUUCACGUGGUGCCCUGGAAUAGCAACAUUUACAUUACGAUCUCGAUCUGACCUCAUUGAUGGUCGUAAAAAUGCCAGUAUAAUUUAUACAAUUUUGAAAUUGGUAGUACUUUUUGACUUAGCCAUUGUUGUAACUCGCUUAAAUCGGCAAGGCAGCUUCGAAGAAUCAUUUUACAGCUUAUUGCAAGGUUUCCUUAAUAUAAAUUCAACAAAAACCAUCAGCAAUGGACUCUUGAUUCACCUCUUUGCGGGUUUAUUAUCGCAUGCGUUCACUUACUUAUCAACACGAAUAUGCCUUACACGUAGUGGUAUUUACCUACCAACAAUAUUCGUCACUCCGAUCACAAUCUUGAUCAUAAUUUUCGACAAUUUCUAUGGUUUUUUUCAUGUCGUAAAGUUGUCUGCCCUGUCAGGAUUAACUCUCGCUUCGUGGUUUUGUUUAGGAAUUGCAGUUUUACUUUGGUUGUUACCAUUUCUAAUGCUGGGCAUGAACCAUACACCUGUACCAAAUUCCAUACUGAAAUCUUCGGAAUCGAACUUCUUAAGUUUUACUUACAACAAUAUCUUCUUCGAACAUCAUUUGCAUUUGAAUUACAAACCGGAAGGAAUUCAUACCAGACAUGAUAAGACGAGUGAAAUGUUGACCGGGGUACCCAAAGUGAGCAAAGUUUUCAUAUGUACAACCAUGUAUAGAGAAUCAGAAUUCGAAGUGGAAUUAUCCUUGUCGAAAAAACUGUCUCAUGUCUACAUAGAGUCCCACGUGAUUCUUGAUAAUGGUUGUAAAGGAAACGAUUUUGGAGAGUUUGCUCUGCAGCUUCUGUCGUUACUUCAAAACGAACUGAAUAUUGCUCGUACAGAAGUUUAUGCAAAUCGAAUGCCUUACGGAUUGCAGCUGCAAUGGAUCUUAAAUGGUGGCAUUCCGUUUUUUCUGCACCUGAAAGACUCUCAAAAAGUGAAACCGAAAAAACGAUGGAGUCAGGUAUUAUAUAUGAACUACAUAAUGAGUUUCCGGGUGAGAAAAGCUUACAAUUGGAUUGAAAAAAGACUGAAACGUUGCGAAAUGGAAUCGAAGCCAUUCAACGCCCGGUAUUGUGUCGAUGAAAAGAAAUUCUACGGUGUAGAUUCAUUGGACAACCAAACGAAAAGUCCUACAAUAAGAUAUGACUACGAAAAUUCGAUGCUGAAUCAAUAUAGCGAUUCUGCUGCAUAUACCAAGGGAGAUGUGAAGCCAUACUGGUCGGAUGAUUCAGAACUGGUUAAAAACCUAUAUUCAAUCUCUAGCGUAUAUCUCUAUUCAAAUGGCAUGGACGACUCCAAGAUGAACGGUAAAUUAUCGGCCAGCAAACAUUCAGUGGUGAACCCUGCAUACGUGUAUGGGCUUGAAGAUUCUGGUACUCCAUGGGCCCCGAGUACAAUAACUGAGAUGGUUUGCAAUGACAUCAGUAUUCACAUUAAUCCGAAAAUAGAAAAGAAAUCUAUUAACACCGUCAGUGGAAAUUUAAUUAAAGAUACCAAAGUGAACAUCAAGUCACCGUUCCUUCCGAGCCCUGAAGAAUUCGACAGCCGGACCUAUAUUCUUGCAACAGAUGCUGACAUGAAGUUCGAUGAUAACGCUGUGCUUGAUUUAUUGGACACUUGUAAUGGUGAUCUCCGAGUCGGUGGUGCUUGUGGCCGGACACAUCCUGUCGGCGAGAAGAAUCGCCCAAUUGUAUGGUUGCAAAUGUUUGAAUAUGCCAAAGAUUUCUGGAUGACAAAGACUUCUCAGAAUAUUAUUGGGUCGGUGAUGUGUUGCCCAGGAUGUUUCAGUCUGUAUAGAAUCACUGCGCUCUAUCAUUUAUUGGAUGAAUAUUCAGAACCAAGUACGGAAUCGAUGGAUGUAUUUGUCAAAGACACAGGCGAGGAUCGUUGGUUGUGUACUCUUAUGAUGAUGAGAGGCUGGAAAUUAAAAUAUUGUACGUACGCCUUCAACACCACUUUCUGUCCUUCUACAAUGGACGAGUUCUUAAAACAACGACGACGCUGGAUUUUAUCUGAUGUGGCCAAUACAUUCUUAGUUUUCAGACAUCUUCCAAGACUGGUGCGGCACAAUGCCUGCUUUACGGCCAUGUACAUAAUUUGUCUUGUUCAGUUGUUCCUUAUAGUUAUCGUUUCUCCAGGUAAAUAUAUCUUCUCUCAUUGCUUCAGAUUUUGGGCUGCGGCCAUGUUGGGGCACCGCCUGGUUUUAGUUGAACCGGUACUUAUUUUUUAA